AUGGACGUUGAAACGUUUCUUCACAAUCUCCGUGCUCGGGUAUGUUGUACUAUCUGUAAAAACAUAUUCACGGACCCAAAACAGCUCCCGUGUCUCCAUGAUUUCUGUCUACAAUGCUUGGAACGUCGGCACGAAACAAGCCAUGGUCGAGACACAAUCAAAUGUCCGGAUUGCCAAGCUCUUAGCACAGUGCCCGAUAGUGGCGAUUUGAAAGAUCUACCGACCAGUUAUUAUCUGAACGGCUUGAUUGAUGUUUUAGCCAUUAAAGAGCGAAAAACCAGCCAAGUACGGUGUGGAAAUUGCGACAAGAAAAGCUCUCAGAGUUUUUAUUGUUUCCACUGUUGCAUUUUUUAUUGCCAAGAAUGCGUCAAUGGACACAACAUCCUUCGAAGCAACAAGGAUCAUCGUGUUCUGGCGCUCAAAGAUUUCCAAGACAAGGACUUUGAGGAUGUGUUGAAACGACCUUCUUUCUGUCCACAGAAGUGGCACGAGAAAGAAGAGCUGAAAUAUUUUUGCAAGAAAUGCGAGAUGGCAGUUUGCCAAACCUGUGUUGUGAUAGAUCAUGCAGGUCACGCUUUGGUGAGCAUAGAUGAAGAAGCUGAAAGAAGAAAGAUUGAAAUCGAAUCACUGCUUAAAGCACAGAAACGCAGUUUACAAGAAAAGAUGAACGCUCUUGAUAAAAUUGAUGAAGAAUGCGCUAAAAUAAUAAAACAUGGCGAAGACGUGAAAAGAGAUGUUCAAAAGUUUGUGGAUAAGUUAAUUGCAACUAUUGAAUCGAAGAAGGAAAAUAUCAUAGCGGCAGUAGAAAACGAAGCAAACGAAACUGUAAUGGCGCCAAAGAAGGAGAUGGAGAACCAGCUCGCCUCAUUGGAAUCAUCAUUAGAAAGAGCUGAGAAACUGUUAUCGCAGGGUGCUGAUAUCGAUGUCGUUCAACUGAGUCAAUUUAUGGAGUCCAUGCUCUUCGACGAGGCUGAUCAGUUACAGCCAGCAGACCGUGAUCUUGACAGGCUGUCUGCUAUGGUUUUCGUGGGAAAUGAAAGUUUAUUGGAAACUAUCAGCACCGAAGGAAUAGGAACAUUGCAAUCAUGAAAACAACACCAAACAUUACGACAGUCUGUCGCUAGAAUAAAACAAAGCGUUAACAACAAGGCUUGUUAUUUGGCCAUGCGAUUUUUUUGUCCGGGAUAUUCUUAUUUGUAGUUACGGAAAUCUCAGCGAAACAUUUCCCCCGUUCGAUAGCAAGUAUAUGAAUAGGUCUGAUUGUUAGAGAUUCGAUUGAAUUGGUUUAUUAUGAUCACGUUUCGUUUACACGUUUCGUGCAUGUUCUAGUUGGCCAUCUAUACAGUGUUUUGAUGUACAGGCAACUAUUUUCGCAGUUCUCUUGUGGUGUUAAAUACAUUUAGCUUGUUUAUUCCUACCAUGAUUAUCAUUAUUGACCAUUAAUAGUUUGCGUGACGUUCAAAGGAGGAGAGUUUGUACUAAGAAGGGUGUUAAAAGGCAAAAUAUUGCGAAACUAAACUCCUCCAGGUCGGGUUUUAUUUUCUAUGCAAAUAUAUUUUUUGUCGUAUUGCAACAUAAUCCAAUAUAUUUUAGCUUAGGCCAUUCCCACGAGAUGUUUCGUUUCCUAUCGCCCUACCGAACCACUGUACAUUUGAAAAAGCUGAAGAAAGCUAUUAACUUUCGAGAUACCUUCUCUAGCCAGUGUAAAUUUCAUUUUCAACUUAAUUAACACUGAAUGUCAAAUUCAUCGUAAAGGAGAUGAGCACGCAAGACUUUCUUCUAAAUAAACAUUAUUUACGUCUAAUUUCCAGUUUGCAUAUUUUACAGGGGAUGUUAGAGUUACGAAAAUAGUGAGAAAAAUAAUGCCUUAUUUUGGUCAAAUAUGAGUUUAUGUCUUAGCAUUAUUUUGUGGGUUACCGAGAACAAUUUCGCCAUUUCACAUGUCAGUGGACAAAUUUUAAUCGCCUUGGACCUCGGUUAGGGAGCUCAUCGACCUCACAGCGGCUUUGGCUUAAAAAACCCUCAGUUCAUCUCUUGGAUUAACUGAUCGUGCUUUCAGGAACAAAAAUUAAACAAAUGCUGAGUUUUAUCAUCGGAUUCACCUCAGUUAAACUUCUACGGCUUUUCAGGGGCCGGAGCCGGGUCUGCCGUCUGUUUUCUUCAUUUUAAGGUGAUUCCUCAGGAAAAAUAGUUAACGAACACUCGAUCGGGCGCUAAUCACGCGCAUCAUUGCAUCGGUUCACGGUAAUUUUUGCGGUGGCUGGAAGAAAGGGUUUUUAAAGUAACACUUGAAAAUAACUUGAUUGGUUGAAAGUCUCGAGUGUACGAAACAAUUAAUGUAUAAUUUGUGGAGAAAUCACGCAAUUUUAGACGACAUCGAUACAAAAAGUUCGGCUCGUUGCUUUCAAUCAUAAUUUGCAUUCUUCGAGUAAUGGGCUUCGCACACGCUUUUGGCUAUAUCCAUUUCCCCUUCAAGUUGGAUUUUUACUCACUCAAUUCAAAGGGGAUGAUUUGUUCAACAAAUUUAUGCGAUAAAAAAUAUGGUUGAUCAUCCUCGCGGAAGAGCUGAAGACCAUUGUACCUGGUCCAUUGAUUGAAAAACAAUACCUUGUUCUGGGAAUGCACGGAAGGGUCUUCGCCUGAUUACGUGAUUUUCAUGCGCAGUUAAGGAUGCGUAAUACAAUACGAGCAAUCAUAUUUUCGUUCCAGAUAAUUUUCAGUUUCAUUCAGCAAGAAUUAAUGCUUAUAGCAGGGUCAUGAGGAUCAGGCGAGACAAUUUGAUUGACGUACAAGCUUUAAAAACAACAGAUUAGGUUAGCGCUGAUUCCAAGAAUUGCUGAUUAACCCUUUAGCUCCCAAGAUUUGAUUGUCAAUUCUCCCCUCUAGCUGCAACACAUUUCCUUGUAAAGUAGUUACGAGAAUUUAAUGUUUCAUCUAGAUGACAACUUCAACCUGAUAAGUCUGAGUAUUCUCAUUACCUUUUCGCUUGAUAAUAUAUGGAUAUUAUGGGGAGAAUUUGCGUGUUAAUCACUUCUGGGAGUAGAAGGGCUAAAAAAAAACUCUCCAGGCUUCAUGGUUUCAAAUUGACUGAUUCCUCGAAAACACUACUUUGCACACUGGCGUCUAAAAACGACAUGGAUAUCAAAACGUUGCUUCAUAACCUUCGCGAAGAAGUUUCGUGUUCAGUCUGUACUACCAUAUUCACGGAUCCGAAACAGCUCCAAUGUUUACACAGUUUCUGCCUGAAGUGCUUGAAGCAAUGGCACAGAACAAGUCAUGGCCGAGACACAAUCAGAUGUCCGAAAUGCCAAGUUUUCAACAAAUUGCCGGAAAGUGGCGAUCUGAAAGAUCUACCAACCAGUUUUUACCUGAACGGCCUGAUUGAUGUAUUAGCCAUUAAAGAAUGUGAAAACAGUCAAGUACAGUGUGGAAAUUGCGACAAGAAAAGCUCCGAAACAUCUUAUUGUUUCCAGUGUUGCAUAUUUUAUUGCCAACAAUGCGUUAUUGGACACAACAUCAUGCGAAACAACAAUGAUCACCGUGUUCUCGCGCUUAAAGAUUUUCAAGAAAAGGACUUUGAGGAUGUGUUAAAACGACCGUCGUUUUGCACAAAGCAGCGACACGAGAAAGAAGAGCUGAAAUAUUUUUGCAAAAAUUGCGACGCGGCAGUUUGUCAAACUUGUGUUUUGAUGGACCACGCAGGUCACACCUUGGAACACUUGGAAGAAGAAGCUGAGAGGCAAAAGAUUGAAGUCAAAUCACUGACUGAAGAACAGAAACGCAAUUUACAAGCAAAGAUGAACACUGUUGGUCAGCUCGAAGAGGAAUACGCUCGAUUGAUUCAACAAGGCGAAGACGCGAAAAGAAAUGUUCAUAGAUUUGUCGAAGAUGUGAUCGCAGUCUUUCAAGCCAAGAGGGAAAAUAUCAUUGCAAAGGUUGAAAGCCAAACAAAAGCAUCCCUUCAAGCUUUAACAGCUGAGAAAACGGAGACUGAGAGUCAAAUAAAGAGCAUUGAAUCAACGCUGGCAAAAACCAACGAGCUUUUGACGAUAAGUACAGACGUUGAUGUCGUUCAACUAAAGAAGUCAUUGUGCGCGAUCAUUGCGACUAAAAAUGAAAACCAACCAAUUAAGCGUGACCCGAAUAAAUUUCCUGCUGCGGUUUUCAUGGAAAAUCGAAAGGUGCUGGAUACCGUCAACUGCGAAGAAAUUGGAAGUGUAAUAAGUGCAUACGACAAAACGGAAGCAGGAAUGUCUGUUACGGAGGGCAAAGAACUGAGCGAAGCUUUUGUAGGACGCGAGGUAGAGUUUGUUUUGGUCACGAAAAACGCUCAAGGACAGCAAUGUUAUUUUAAACAUGACAAUGUAACAGUAGAGAUCGCUGACGAAAGACAUUUAAAAUGUGCCACAGACGUGCGAAUAAACAACAAUGAAGACGGACACUAUGAGAUCAGCUACUUUCCAAGAGAUUCAGGCAGAUUCAAGGUGACAGUCAAAGUAAAUGGAGAACAAACCCUCGGAAAUCCUCUGAUUGUGCAGGUAGAACAGUUUCAGUUAAUACCAAUUUCAACUUUUGGAACUUUCGGCUUGGAUGUUGGAAUGUUACAUAAGCCUAGUGGUUUGGCAGUAAGUGCUGGUGAUGAGAUAGCUGUAGCCGAUUCUUUGAACCACAGAGUUCAAAUCUUUAACGCUGAUGGACUUUUUUUAAGAUCUUUUGGUCGACAAGGUUACGGAAUGGGAGAGCUUAACACACCAAAAGGAAUUACAUUUCACAAAAAUGGGAAUAUUUUUGUGGCAGACAGAGAUAACCAUAGAGUCCAGAUUUUCAGUGGGGAGGGUGAAUUCCUGAGAAAAUUUGGUGGAGAAGGAAGCCUCGAUGCUCAGCUCCUUUAUCCCCGCGGUUUAUCAGUAGAUAGUGAUGGUAAUAUUCUUGUUUCUGAUGUAGGUAACAAGCUAAUCAAAAUCUUUUCUCCUGAAGGAGAGUUUUUAAGAAAGUUUGGUGGGCACGGCUCUUUAAAUUUUCCUGUCCACUGCGUUCAAUAUGAUAGAUAUCUCAUAGUGUCAGACAAGGGCGACCAUUGUAUUAAAGUAUUUGACCAGAAUGGAACCUUUCAGUACAAGUUUGGAAAGCAGGGGGGAGGGGACGGGGAGUUUCAAGAUCCCUUCGGUUUGUUUGUGAACAAGUCAGGACACCUGAUAGUCUGCGAUGCACGUAAUCACAGAGUGCAGGUGUUUGAAUUGAGUGGAAAGUUCGUUGGUAAAUUUGGAACAAAAGGCACUGGUCCUGGAGAAUUAAAUACUCCAAGAUCGAUUUCAGUGCUAAAUGAUGGCCGCAUUAUUUUGUGUGAGCUGAGAAAUAAUCGCUUUCAGCUACUCACGUUUGGAGACAAAACUCCAGCUGCCUCAAGCAGAGAUGACUCGGUCUGA